UAUAAUUAAGGCGUAAAACAGCCAGUUUGUUCAGACGAGGCGCAGCGGUCGAGCAACAUGGCGCAAUCAUUAGCGUUUGCCGUUAUCAUAACAGUGGGAAUCUCAGCGGCUGCUGCUGAGAGCACAGAAUGCAACAAACCGAACGAGGAGAAGCGCUGCGUGACUAUCUGUCCACCGCAGAAAAGCUGCCGAAACAUGGACAUACAAGUAUCUUGCCUGCACAACCCCUCAGAAGUUUGCAAGGACACAUGCGUCUGCAAAGAGGGUUACUUCAGGAAUGCUGGAGCUGAAUGCGUGACGAGAGACGAUUGCACAAAAUGCGGCGGCCAAAACGAAUACUUCUCGUGCCGCGUUCAACCAGACCAGACGUGUGCGUCGCUCACUGAAAAAUCGACAGACCAGGACAGUGAGCAGUGUAAGGAGCAGUGCUACUGCAGCCCCGGUACUGCGAGAGAUGAGAACGAUGUGUGUGUGCCAACCGACCAGUGCAACAAACCAUGCGGUGACAGAGAAACCAAAGAUUACUGCCCCGCCGACUGCGCCGCCGACUACUGUCCUAAGAACGCGAAGACCGUCUCUUGCCCUCGCCCGACUGUCUGUCCUACGCCCCAAUGCAAGUGCAGAUUCAAUUACCGUCGCGCUGACAAUGGGACCUGCAUACCUACACGCGAUUGCCCCCCAUUCGAGUGCAACAAGCCUUUCGAAGAAUAUAACCCUUGCCCGCCGCUCUGUCCAAACGGCUCCUGUGGCCAGGCCACGCCAACAGGGGACUGUCCAGCAAUAUUCGGAAGAAUAGGCAUUGUACUGGAAUGCAGCCCGAGCUGUCGAUGCAAGAAGGGUUACUUUUGGAAUGAGGACAAGGUCUGCGUGCCUUACAAUCAAUGCCCGGGAAAAGGCAGAUAACUACGGAAUAGAUAGAGGAAGAACGUAAUUACUGCGAGCAACCCUUCGUUUAUUAUUAUUAUUGAUGGCUAGGACUAUACGAUGGCCCAGCGCAGGCCAGUCCAAGGGAUGCAUUUAUGCGUUAGAGGGAGUAAGUAAUAUUGCUAUCUCAUUCCAACGCAUAGCUGCGUCCCUUAGACUGGCCUACGCUGGGCCACAGAUUAAUAAAUAGUUACUGGGCCAUCGUGUAGGGGAGCUCUGAAGUUAUAAAAUGUCUAGGUGCUGAAAUGGCGUGACAUCCUAAUCUUGAAAUUUUGGCACCCUGAUAAUUUAGUACCUAAUUAGCUAAAAAAACGACACUACAUGGAUUGAGUUGAAAUCAAUAACCUAACUAAAUAAGCAAGUAGCCUGUCGCAAAUCUCUUAAAUCUCAGAGUUUCACCAAAUAAAUAAAAUAAAGGUUCUUAUUUUUAA